UGUUAUGUAGGCACUUUUAUUUUUUUAUUUUUUUGUUUUUGUUUAAAUGAUGUCCAAGUUAAUAAUGAUUGCCAUUUGGAUUUCUUUUCUUUUUAAUUUCUUGAAAGCGGUUACAUGGCCCCUGAGUACGCAUUGCAAGGAUUGUUCUCAGUCAAAUUAGAUGUAUUCAGUUUUGGUGUUUUGGUUUUGGAGAUCAUAAGUGGAAAGAAGAACAGUAGCUUCUUACAGUCACAUGGCCAUGAACUUCGAAGUUAUGCUUGGAACCUGUGGAGAGAUGGACAACCAUUAGCAUUACUUGAUUCGAGCAUUAAUGGUGCAUCCUGUGACAAAGAAGAAGUGAUUAAAAGUAUUCACAUGGGCUUACAAUGCGUACAAGAAGACGCCAAACACAGACCGACCAUGGCUUCAGUAGUUUUAAUGCUAAAUAGUUCCUCUUACACUUUGCCAAAUCUAAAUCCUCCAGGACCACUUGAGAAGUUCCAAGUAAAUCAGCCUGAUUCUCACCCAGAUGAUGAAACCUCAAGAAAUGAAUCUGUCGUCACUAAACUUUAUACUAGAUGAUAUUGCAGGAUGGACCAGCUGGGUUGUUCUUUAUGGUUUGAAAGUUUGAAGUUAUUCUACUGUGUGGUCUCAAUAUUUGAUUGUUUUCAUGAUACGACUUAAAGACGUUAUUAUGAGUCUUAAUAUUUUUGUGAAAUGUUCAUGUACAUUAUAAACUUGAAAUAAAC